CGGCCACCGGGACUAUGAAGAGCGAUCAGGGUCGCAAGGGCGGAGGGGGCUCCAAGGACCUCCGCUCGGGACUCAAGUACAACUCGCGGCUGGAGAACAUGAACGGCUUCGAGGAAGGCCUGGAGUUCUUGCCGGUCAACAACACCAAGAAGGUUGAGAAACGGGGCCCCAGGCUCUGGGUGGUGCUGGUGGCCGUGCUCAUCGGCAUCCUCUUGUUCUCUCUCAUGGCCGGUUUACUGGUGUGGCACUUCCAGUACCGGAACAUGCGGGUCCAGAAGACCUUUAAUGGCUACCUGAGGAUCACAAAUGAGAACUUUCUGGAUGCCUAUGAGAACCCAAACUCCACUGAGUUUGCAGAGCUGGCCAGCAAAGUGAAGGAGGCGCUGAGGCUGUUGUACAGCGAGAUCCCAGUCCUAGGUCCCUACCACAAGGAGUCCGCAGUGACUGCCUUCAGCGAGGGCAGUGUCAUCGCCUACUACUGGUCGGAGUUCAGCAUCCCCAGCCACCUGGUGGAGGAGGCCGAGCGCGCCAUGGCCCAGGAGCGCGCCAUCAAGCUGCCACCCCGCACACGCACGCUGCACUCCUUCGUGCUGACCUCGGUGGUGGCCUUCCCCACUGACCCCAGAACAGUACAGAGCAACCAGGACAACAGAUGCAGAUUCGCCCUGCACGCCCGAGGCGGGGAGCUGACUCGCUUCGCCACACCUGGCUUUCCUGACAGCCCCUACCCUGCUUUCGCCCGCUGCCAGUGGACCCUGCGGGGGGAUGCCGACUCCGUGCUGAGCCUCACCUUCCGAAGCUUUGAUGUCGCGCCCUGUGACGACCGUGGCAAUGACCGGGUCAUGGUGUACGACACGCUCAGCCCCGUGGAACCCCGCACCGUGGUGCAGCUAUGUGGCACCUACCCCCCCUCCUACAACCUGACCUUCCUCUCCUCCCAGAAUGUCCUGCUCGUCACGCUGAUAAUCAACACCGAGCGGCGACACCCUGGCUUUGAAGCCAUGUUCUUCCAGCUGCCUAAGAUGAGGAGCUGUGGAGGCUACUUACGUGGAGCCCAAGGGACGUUCAGCAGCCCCUACUAUCCGGGUCACUACCCUCCCAACAUCAACUGCACUUGGGACAUCGAGGUGCCCAGCCACCGAAACGUCAAGGUGCUCUUCAAAGUCUUCUACCUGCUGGAGCCCAACGUGCCCCUGGGCUCGUGCCCCAAGGACUACGUGGAGGUCAACGGAGAGAAGUUUUGCGGCGAGAGGUCCCAGUUCGUGGUGGCCAGCAGGAGCAGCAGGAUCACCGUGCACUUGCAUUCGGAUCAGUCCUACACCGACACGGGCUUCCUGGCUGAGUACCUGUCCUAUGACUCCAGUGACCCCUGCCCGGGGAGGUUCAUGUGUAACACGGGGCGCUGCAUUCGGAACGAGCUGCGCUGCGAUGGCUGGGCCGACUGCGCCGACUACAGCGAUGAGCUCGACUGCCGAUGCAAUGCCACCUACCAGUUCACCUGCAAGAACAAGUUCUGCAAGCCCCGCUUCUGGGUCUGUGACAACGUAAAUGACUGCGGGGACAACAGCGAUGAGCUGGAGUGCAGUUGUCCGGAUGAGACCGUCAAGUGUGGCAAUGGGAAGUGCAUCCCGAAGAGCCAGCAGUGUGACGGGAAGGACAACUGUGGGGACGGGUCGGAUGAGGCCACGUGCGACAGCGUGAGCGUCGUCGCCUGCACCAAGCACACCUACCGCUGCCACAGCGGGCACUGCGUGAGCAAGGGCAACCCCGAGUGUGACGGGGUGGAGGACUGCAAGGACGGCUCUGACGAGAAGAACUGCGACUGCGGGCUGCGGCCGUUCAGCAGGCAGUCCCGGGUGGUUGGAGGCAAGGACGCGGAGGAAGGCGAGUGGCCCUGGCAGGUGAGCCUCCAUGCGCUGGGCCAGGGCCACCUGUGCGGGGCCUCCCUCAUCUCGCCCACCUGGAUGGUGUCCGCCGCUCACUGCUUCGUCGACGACAGAGGAUUCAAGUACUCGGACCCCAGCAUGUGGACGGCCUUCUUGGGACUGCACGACCAGAGCAAGCGCAGCGCCCAGGGGGUGCAGGAGCGCGGGCUGAAGCGCAUCAUCAGCCACCCGUCCUUCAACGACUUCACCUACGACUACGACAUCGCGGUGCUGGAGCUGGAGCGGCCGGUUGAGUACAGCAGCACCGUGAGGCCCAUCUGCCUGCCUGACGCCACGCACGUCUUCCCCGUCGGCAAGGCCAUCUGGGUCACUGGCUGGGGCCACACCUACGAGGGAGGCACCGUCGUGCUGAUCCUACAGAAGGGCGAGAUCCGCGUCAUCAACCAAACGACCUGCGAGAAGCUGAUGCCACAGCAGAUCACGCCGCGCAUGAUGUGCGUGGGCUACUUGAGCGGGGGCGUGGAUGCCUGCCAGGGCGACUCCGGAGGCCCCCUGUCCAGCGUGGAGGUAGACGGGCGGAUCUUCCAGGCCGGCGUGGUGAGCUGGGGCGAAGGCUGCGCCCAGAAGGACAAGCCAGGCGUGUACACAAGGAUCCCUGUGCUUCGGGACUGGAUUAAAGAACAGACGGGGGUGUAGAGGCAGGGGCCAUCCACCAGUCACCCCAACGCGCACCCCUGUGGGCUGAGAACAGGAUGCUCCCUGUACCCCAG